GGCGCGCGGCUGUUGGCCGCGGGCAGUUCGCGCGCACCUGCCUCCGACCCGCUGCUUGUGGUGCGUCGGCGGUCUUGGCUCAGCGAGUUGCGGGUCCUGCCGGGCUUGGGCUGCGGGCCCACCGGCCCGGGAUGGCGUCGCAGCUGCGCUGACUCGGUUUAUCUUUGGACCAAGAUGACUGAUGGAAACCUUUCUACUUCCACAAAUAGCAUAGCCUUGAUGGACGUUCUGGAUGGUCAUCAAGGAAAGCCCCUUCAGAACCUGCAACAAGUGAAUGCCAAAGGGUCCAGAUCCCUCUCAGCACCUGAGCAUGGGCCCAAGCUGAAACUUGUUGCUUCGGAAGACCGGCACAGCCUUCAGUCUGUGGACUCUGGCAUUCCUACCUUAGAGGUUGGCAACCCAGAACCUGUCCCCUGCAGUGUGACCCAUGUGAAGAGGAAGCAGUCGGAGUCAGAGCUUGUCCCUGAGCGGGCCUUCCAGAGUGCAUGCCCACUGCCAUCCUGCACGCCUCUGACUCCCACCAGUACGGAGCGGGAGCAGACCGUGCGGAAGUCCUCCACGUUUCCCAGGACAGGCUAUGACUCAGUGAAGCUUUACAGCCCCACCUCCAAAACCCUGAAUCGUAGUGAUGAUGUCUCCGUCUGCAGUGUGUCUAGUCUUGGCACAGAGCUGUCCACCACGCUGUCUGUCAGCAAUGAGGACAUCUUGGACCUCAUGGUCACGAGCAGCUCCAGUGCCAUUGUGACCCUGGAGAAUGACGAUGACCCACAGUUUACUGAUGUCACCCUGAGCUCCAUCAAGGAAAGCAGCGAUCUACACCAGCAGGGCUGGGCUGAUGGAACUGAGGAGGGGAGUAAACUGAGGAUACUGGCACCACUUAGUAGCUUCUUUACAAGGAAUUUGCUUGCUAGAAAACAAAAUGCACGACUUGACAAACAAAAUGACUCGGGAUGGAAGUUAUUUGGAAAAGUGCCACUCCGAGAGAAUGCUCAGAGAGAGCCAAAGAGAAUGCAAAAGGAAUAUGAAGACAAAGCUGGAAGACCUAGCAGGCCACCCUCUCCAAGGCAGAAUGUGAGGAAGAAUCUUGAUUUUGAGCCACUUUCCACCACUGCACUCAUCCUUGAAGAUAGACCAGCAAACCUCCCAGCAAAACCAGCUGAAGAAGCCCAGAAGCACAGGCAGCAGUAUGAAGAAAUGGUGGUACAGGCCAAGAAGCGAGAGCUUAAGGAAGCCCAGCGGAGGAAAAAGCAACUGGAGGAAAGAUGCAAAGUAGAAGAAAGCAUUGGAAACGCCGUCCUCACCUGGAAUAAUGAGAUCUUGCCCAACUGGGAAACCAUGUGGUGCUCUAGGAAGGUUCGAGACCUGUGGUGGCAAGGAAUCCCUCCGAGCGUGAGAGGCAAAGUCUGGAGUUUAGCCAUCGGCAACGAGUUGAACAUUACCCACGAGCUCUUUGACAUCUGUCUUGCCCGGGCCAAGGAGCGGUGGCGGUCCCUCAGCUCAGGAGGCUCAGACGUGGAGAGUGAAGAUGCUGGGUUUUCAGCUGCUGACAAAGAGGCCAGUCUGGAGCUUAUUAAACUGGACAUUUCUAGAACAUUUCCUAAUCUCUGCAUUUUCCAGCAAGGUGGCCCGUAUCAUGACAUGUUGCACAGUAUUUUGGGCGCUUAUACUUGUUACCGACCGGAUGUGGGCUAUGUUCAGGGCAUGUCCUUCAUAGCGGCAGUGUUGAUCUUGAACCUCGACACUGCAGAUGCCUUUAUUGCUUUUUCUAAUCUCUUGAAUAAACCCUGUCAGAUGGCGUUUUUCGAGUGGACCAUGGCCUUAUGUUGACUUAUUUUUGCUGCAUUUGAGGUAUUCUUUGAAGAAAAUUUGCCGAAAUUAUUUGCUCAUUUCAAGAAAAACAACUUAACUCCAGACAUCUACCUAAUAGAUUGGGUUUUCCAUCUAUACAGUAAGUCUCUGCCCCUGGACUUGGCCUGCCGCAUUUGGGACGUGUUCUGUCGGGAUGGGGAGGAGUUCAUCUUCCGAACGGCCCUGGGCAUCCUGAAACUAUUCGAGGACAUCCUGACUAGGAUGGACUUCAUCCAUAGUGCCCAGUUCCUGACCAGGCUGCCCGAGGACCUGCCAGCAGACGAGGUGUUUGCGGCCAUUUCUGCAGUCCAGAUGCAGAGUCGGAACAAGAAGUGGGCACAGGUGCUGGCUGCGCUGCAGAAAGACAGCCGGGAAAUGGAGAAAGGAAGCCCAUCCCUCAGACACUGAGGCUGCAGACGUGGCUCCGUAGCACCGAGGCGGAUCUCAGGCGGCACCUGUGUGCUUUUAGACCCAUACCUGGCAGUGGCAGCAGAGGAGCAGGCACACUUUUCACGUUGAUUCCUGGCACUGGAGUUGGCCUAAACAAACACAGCAAAACCCAGGCUUAGCCUUAAGCAGCUCAUGGGCUGGUGCCCUGGGGGCUGCAGCCAGCCACUGCGUUUUCUGCACAGGUCAAAGACAGGGCAGUGGUUGACCCCCCUCCUCCUCCUUUAUUUCAGCAAAAGUCAAUUAAAUUGUAAUGCUAUUAUGCCAGCUGCUGGAAAGUACAUCACAAUUUUUUUAGCCAUGAUGCAUGAGAAAUAUUAUUUUGGGAGAUCUCAGAGAUGUUACUGGCUCAUAUUUUAAAUGAGAGGAAUUGCUGAUUUAGUUAUUGAGAUGAUCUUUCCAGAGCUGGAGGCCAUGUAUUUGAAACCUGCCUACCAAAGAGCAUUACAGGAGAUGGGCCCGUGGGGAUUGUUGCUCUUGGCUCCCUGGGAAUCCACCUGACCUUCACAUUAACAUUCGACCAUGUUGCCUUGACAAACUAUAGAAGGAAGUCUGACAAUGCACACUAGAGUCCCGUGGGAACCUGCUCUGCCAGAGACUGCUCCCUGUGUCUGUUGAGCCAUGGUGGGGAGCCGGAGCAGGGGACACUGUGCACAGGCAGCCUGUGGCAAUGGAGACGGCCCGGGGAGCUUGUGAACAGCCUCCUUUAAGGAAAAGGGUGGGAAGAAACUGUGGAGAUGACCCUUGCACCUGCUUGUUUCCAGGAAGACCAAGCAUGGCUGUGCAGUACUGGAAGCCAGGUUGUGUGAGGGGGGCUCGCUCCUGUUCUCUGACAGAAUGUCUCUCUUCACUUUUGUCACCUGAAUAGUGGACUUUCCUAAGUACCAGGGAUCCCCCUACACACCUGGCUUUCAAAGGCGUUUUACAAACCACCAUAAAGAUAGAGGAGUGAGCAAAAAGUACUUAAAACCCAGUCUUGUCAGAAUUCUCAUUGUCUGGACCAUGACCCCUUUCCCAUUUUAACUGAUUUUCCCAAGUUCAUUGGCAAAUUUUUUUGUUCUUGCUUUUCCUUGACUACUUUGAGACCUUUGUAUAAGAAAUUUGAUUUUCUAAAUUCACAGAAAUGAACAGUCUUUGCAUGGAAUAGUCCAAGGAGAGGUGGAAACAAGUUCCCACAUGGUAACCCCUUAGCAUGUUGGCUGUUUGGGGUGCAGAUAGGCCAGGUUCAAAGACAUAGCCAGGGGUUUGGAAGGGCUGGUGUGGUCUGCACUCAUGCCUUUCUCAGGCAUUCCUCCCACCCCAGGGGACAGCCCCUUGUUGAGGGAGGCCCUGGUGCUGGACCACAUGCAGCAGGGAGACUUGGGCUGGGGGUGGAAGACAGCCUGGUGGUGCCUGUCUAGAUGAACUUUCUGCAUUUGCCCUGCCUGCUUGCCAUAUUUCAGGUGCCGCAGCAGGUUAGCAGGCCAGGGUCAUGCACACGCCCCCUGUCCCACUCUGUGCGUUCCUCUUCUGGAACCUCCUCCUCCCAUCAGAGUCUCCAGGAGGGUUCUAGAGCACGAGGGAUACCACAACACCUCAGCCUUGGAAGGCCGCCUCGCCUGACCUCGCAGAGGAGGCGCCGUCUUCACUGGUGGUCUGGGCGGCCUCCAGACCCAGCCAUUCCUGACACGGAGGUAUUGAAUGUAGCGUGGGCCCAGCGGCCUGUGGGAGCCGCUGCCCGGCCCUGUGCACUGUCCUUCCUCAAAGACAUGCACAGUGGCGUGCGUGAUGAGGGCCCCUCUGUUCUUGAAGAUGUAUAUAUUUUCUUACUGUACAUAAAGAUGCUCCUGAGGUCGUGGAAAAGGUGAGCAGCAGGCUCCAGCCCCGCCCUCGCCAUCACUUGUCGAACAGUCCGACAUCAAUCUGCAGUGUGCAUGAAGGUUUCAGACCGGGCUCCCUGCCAGUCUGGAGCAUUGGCCACAUCUUCGGUCCAUAUGGGGUUUUGGGGGCCACCAGUCAAGGGAUCACUGAGUUCCAAGCUUAAGAGGUUGAAUUCCUCUUAAGAGGUUACAGAGUUCCAAGUCCUGUCCAGGGUCACAUGGCCCCUCUGGGUCGAGGGCUGUUAGUGAGCGCAGUGUCCUGCUUCUCUGUGGAACACUGAUGUGCUGCCCCCUUGGAAGUCUACAUUGUCCAUCUCAAGGGUCAGGGACUUUCUGCCCCUCAGGCUUAGGGUCAGCGGCGCUUGUACUUUAGAGCCAAGAGCCACCUCCUGAGUCAGCAAGAUCUCAUUUGGGAACAAUGUUCACUUCAAAGGUACUUUGUUAACUGCUCAGCUUCUGAGUUUUUUUAAAGAGCUGCCGAUAGGAAAUCCUGAUGACAUUGCUGCAGAUCAUGUUUUAAUGGCUCCGUACAGUUACUCUCUGACUUUAUUUAGUAAAGUGUAUCAACCAGGACUUUUUGAAUUGUAAAUAUGUGGUUUUAUUAAAUAAAAGUCAUGUAAAAUUGUUA